AAUACCACGCAACCUAGUUAUGCUCACACUAUGGAAACUCCACGGUCUGAGCAUGGCUGUUAUGAGGGCAUGAUGUCGGCCAUUGGAUUAACGAUGGGUCUCCUUGGCAGCGUUCCAUGUCUUCCUUGCUGUUGUUUCAAUCCAUAUCAAAUUGUUCCACAAGGCAAUGUAGGACUUGUGUCUCGAUUUGGCCGUUAUUACCGCUCUGUUGAUCCUGGACUUUACUUUGUGAAUUCUGUCUCUGAAACUUUAUCCAAGGUUGAUAUCAAGAUUCGUAUUGAGUCGAUCCCACGCCAACAAGUAAUGACCAAGGAUAAUGUUGGGGUCCUGAUUGAUUCUACCCUCUACUGGCACAUUGUUGACCCAUAUGUUGCUACGUAUAUGGUUCAAGAUGUUCAGCGUGCUCUUAUUGAACGUACCAUGACCACGAUGCGUCAAAUUAUCGGCACACGUACUCUACAGGCCAGUAUUGAAAGUCGUGAUACAAUUGCACAUGAAAUCCAAGAUAUUAUCGCUCCAGCAGCCGUUGCUUGGGGCGUUAAAAUUGAAAGCAUUCUUCUCAAGGAUUUGAUUUUCACUGCCGAUUUACAAGAAACAUUGGCCGCUGCUGCUAAACAGCGACGUGUGGGCGAAUCAAAAGUUAUUUCUGCUAAAGCUGAAGUUGAUGCGGCUAAACUCAUGCGUGAAGCAUCCGAUAUCCUCAAUACACCUGCUGCAAUGCAAAUUCGAUAUUUGGAAACCAUGGCUGAUAUGGCAAAAUCGAGUGGUACCAAGGUGAUUUUCAUGCCA